AUGCAAGAUCCACUCACUGUCCCAUCGUUUCCGGCAUUCUGUUCGACAUUCCUGGGAAUCGCUUCUCUUCUUCUUCCUUUUUCCUUUUUUUUUUUUUUUUUAGAUUCGGGUUUCUGUCAACAUCAUCUUCUACAUAAGAAUGUUGCUUUGCGACUGAGCAUCAACUCUCAGAUCAUCAUGUAUUUUCUUCCACUAGGCUUGCUGUGCCUUUGGUUGGCCUCUCUUGCAGAGGCUCAAUCGACAUUUUCACCAGCCCGGCCUCCGGCUUUACCCUUAGCAGUAAAGUCCCCUUACUUGAGCACUUGGCUACCUGCAGGUAGCAAUGGCGGUAAUGGAGGGUACCUGGCAGGGGAGUGGCCAACGUUUUGGGAAGGGCAAGUAACCGGCUGGGCUGGCUUAGUGCGAGUGGAUGGUCAAGUCUAUACGUGGAUGGGGCUCCCGGGCUCGACCACCGUGAACCAGACCGCAUAUGAGUACACGUCAACAAAAAGCAUAUUCACCAUGCAUGUGGGUGAUAUGGUAGAGCUGAAGAUAACCUUUCUCUCACCAAUCACACCAAAUGACUUGCGACGACAGUCACUUGUGUUCUCAUAUCUUGAUGUGAGCAUCACUUCUCUCGACGGAGAACCGCAUCAAGUACAGGUAUAUACCGAUAUAUCGGCAGAAUGGGCGUCUGGCGAUCGAUCUGCGAUUGCACAGUGGGAUCAUGGUGUAACCAGCAAUGGCGUUGCCUAUCACAAGAUCCAUCGCCAAACACCACUUCUUUUUUCGGAGAGCAGAGAUCAGGCAGAAUGGGGCGACUGGUAUUGGGCAACCAAUAACGGCACUAGCCUCACUUACCAGGCUGGCGCAGGCAUCAGUGUUCGCCAGGCUUUUGCAAGCUCUGGGAGGCUCAGCAACACCAAUGACGCCAACUAUAGGGCCAUCUCCAACGAGUGGCCUGUGUUCGGCUUUGCCCAUGACCUUGGGUUCAUCCAAUCAACUACCAGCGUCCUAUUUUCCAUAGGCUUAGCACAGUCUGAAGCAGUCCAGUACACUGGUCGUUCCGAUACGCUUACUCCCGUACCGUCUUUGUGGACAAGUUACUUUAGCUCCGCAUUAGAGGCUCUCGAUUUCUUCCACCAUGACUACCGUGACUCAAACGCGCUCUCUUCGGCGCUGGAUGAUCGUAUCGCUCAAGAUUCGCUUGCUGCUGCUGGGCAGGACUACCUGACUAUUACCUCCCUUAGUACCCGUCAAGCCUUCGCCGCAACUCAACUCACUGGGACCAUAGAAAGUCCCUACAUAUUUAUGAAGGAGAUUUCUUCGAAUGGGAACAUGAACACUGUGGACGUCAUUUUCCCCGCUCACCCUGUCUUUCUGUACACGAAUCCAGAACUACUCAAACUUCUCCUACGGCCUCAUUUCGAGAUUCAAGAAUCAGGGCACUACCCCAACUCAUACGCCAUGCACGACAUUGGCUCUCACUACCCGAAUGCGACGGGACACCCUGAUGGUAAUGAUGAGCCAAUGCCGCUAGAAGAGUGCGGCAAUAUGGUGAUUAUGGCUCUGGCAUAUGCCCAGAAAGCCCACGACACAGAGUAUCUCGAGCAGCACUACGAUAAGCUGAGAUCAUGGACGAAUUACUUGAUAGAUGACGCCCUUUAUCCGGCAAACCAGAUAUCAACAGACGAUUUCGCGGGGCCACUAGCGUGCGUGCUGCCUACUGAUGUAAAUGCUGUACUGACAACGCUCUAG